CCGCGGCGCCACCCCACACCCCCGAACACGCACAGCGAGGAGAGAGGAAUGCGCAGCGACAGACGCGGCCUUCGUCGUCUCCAUUUUUUCCGUCCCCUUCCUCUCCCCUAGGGUUUUAGCGGCCGACGACGAGGGUCGAGCAUGGCGCCGUCCGACGGUCCCGGCGGCGACCCGGCGGCCUCCCGAUCCGAGCACCGCGCGCCCCCGACCAUGCGCGACAGGCCCGCCGCGGCGGGCGAGUGCGAGGCCGACGGCGUCGCGGAGGAGGAGGAGGAGGCCGCGGCGAGGCGCGGCUGCUACCCCAACCCCGCUCCCCGCGGCAAGCAGGUCGUGGUGGAGGAGACGAGCGGCAAGGGCGCGCCCGCCGAUGGCGUCCAGGGCGUCGUCCAGAGGCUCGGGCUCUGCCGACGCCCUCUACAGUUCGGCGAGGGCACCUCCGCAGCCGGCGCCGAGGAGGCCGUGCGGACGUGCUCGCAGAUGGGUCCCGCGGCGUCCUGCGUCCCGGUGGCGAGUGGAGGGCGAGGAGGCAGAUGGGGUCGCGGCGACAGGAGCGUGUACACCUACGGCUGCACCUCAAGGCCGCAGGCUUCCAAGCUCGCGCCAACGAGCGAUCUCGCGCCCAAGGGUCAAGCCAAAUCUGAGAUAGAAUGGAUGGAAGAGGGCUAUCUUGAUAAAAUUGUUCAUGGUGAUUGUGCCAACGAGAUUAAAGUUGGUGAAGUAUACAUCUACUGCCCAAAGAACGUAAUUUGUUUGAUUCUGGAAGAAGAAGGUGACAGAGAUAAGUUCAAAGGUUACAAACCGUCGGCUGCAGAUGUAUCAAAGGCUACGAGAGAACCUCCCAAGCCUAACAAUGAGGUCCAACUGUCAAGUGUAAAAGGCACCGGUCCUGACGGUGGUAUUCUGAAGGCAGACAUUGAAGAUUACUUGGCUUCUGUAGCCAAGGGUGGCAAGAGCGAGUCUUUUGCAGCUUCAGGAUUAGAUUGCACUGAUAUUCCAAAUGCGCAGAUAAGAAAGGUUACUGCAGACCGCCUCUUAGCCUCUAAAGAAACCAUCCCACAUUACUACUUGACAGUUGACACACCCGUCGACAAACUUAUCAAGUUGCGAGGGGAACUGAACCCACUGCAGGAAGCAUCUGGUGGAAAGAAGAUAUCUAAAGACCUUGUUAGAAAGGAUGCAGACAAGACAGGACUUGCUACAAUCGGUGAGGAGGUGAAGCAGUUGGCUCAAAGAGCGAGGGAUAACAGCUUAAGACCACAAGACUAUGAGGCAUUUAGUGAUUUUCCAGAUUGUUUCUGUAGUGAUAGGGGAGGCUACCCUGGGUCUAAUAAUGGAAAAUGCAAUUAUAUCUCGAAGAUGAAUUUUUAUCUCAGGGCUGGUUCCAUGAGUGAUGAUGUGAUACUAGUUUCUGAUGGAGAGGAAUCAAGUAAUUAUUCUCUUCGAUUUGAAGAGUUAAAGGGUUUUAAGAAUUCCUCCAACAGCUCAAAGGGCCUAGUGCAGAAGAUAGACAGCGACUAUUAUACUGAGGGAGUUUCUCAGGUGUUUCUACAUCUCUGUGGCACAACAAUUUCUCAUCAGGAAAAUCUGUACACUUCAAAUGUGAAUAUGUUAAUGAAGGUGGCAUGUGAUAAAGUGGGUGUAAAAUCCAAGGAUUUUUACUCAAUUUAUUGUGGAAAAGUGUUGGAUCCUGAGCAACUUCUAUCCUAUUAUAAGAUAAACAAGGAUUCAAAAAUCAUAAUUAAUCCAAGACUCAGAGGUGGCUGUGCUGGUCACAACUGGGAUUAUGUAAUCAGUGAUCUGGAUCCAUACCAGCGUGUGCCUUUGCCAGGGGACCUACUUCUCCCGGAACAGGCCAUCAUACAGCCACAAAUGGAAGUUAAAUAUCUGGCACGUCUCCUCCAAGUUCGAUGUAAAAAAGUGCUAAUCUACCUGUGCCGGAAGCACUUUAGUGGCCAUUCCUUCGGAGGUAACUUCAGUUCCCAGCAAAUUAUGUUUGACACCGAUGGAAAUGUCCGUAUCGAUGCUGCCCCAGAAGAAUAUAGUCGGCCUUCUGCCUUGUUGGACUACAAUGCUGUUUCUGUAAUCUUUGACCGGGCCUUAGGAGACGCAGCUGACAAAUAUCCAAUGGAUUUUCAUCAUCUGAUUGCGUUCUUGUCAGCUAAAGGUCCAAAUGUUGACUGUCAAAGUAAGGCAGUGAUUGCUUUUGUCACAAAUCACAUUUCUCUCUUGACAUAUUCUGAAAGGAUCAAUCACAGUGCAUUUCUGGACCUUUUGAUUAAAAGGCUUGGUGAAGAUGAUCUAACCGCCUUGAUAAAAGCUCUCGCGAAUUUUAAUUGGGAGAACAGGUUGAGGCAGAUUCCAGCAAUGGAUAAAACGUACACUUAUAUUUGGUGGGAAGAUGAUGAGGGGAACAUACGGUACCCGUACAAGAAUAAUGGAGUCAGUUUGCUCGCGUUUUCUCACAAUUUCUUCAAACACCGCUUAGGGUUCCCAUUAGAUAAGCUUGAAGCAGCGUUCUCAUUGGUGGUGGCUGAGAAAUAUUUUCUAGCACAUAUGCUGUUUCAAAUUUUAGUUAGAUUCAAAAGCAAAUGCCAGCAGCCAUGCCCUGCAUCGAUUGAGACUUUUGUUGAUGAAGUGAUUCAAAUGCUUGGUGAUCACACAGUUGAUUGUGAGAUGGUCCAAAAUAACUGAUUUCAAGCGCAAUUCCUGCGGGUGACUGACUGUUUAGCUAGAUGGCCUGCUACGCAUUUUGUGAGAGUUGAAUGCAUGUCUAAUACUUGUUCUUGUGCUGGACACUCGGGUGGUGGCUUGUUGUGUGUGUUUGUUCAUUCCUUGGUUUUGUUGCACCUUUGGUCUGAGUCCUCGUGUACGUACACAAUUCCAGGCUCUUUCAGCUUGAAAAUAUAUUGUAUCAACGAGAUUGUCA